AUGUCUUCGCCCAUAGCCAUUCCCCGCUCUAACAGGUCCUCUUCGGCUUCGGCUUCGUCGUCUUUGGCAUCAUCGCCUUCUAUGUCCUCGGCGCCCACUACACCACCCUCGCCGGGAUUGUAUGUCCCCGUGCACAAGCGCACAGGCAGCAAUGUCUCACAUGCCUCGUCGUCGAGGCCCUCUUCGCCGAGCGGCUUCCACUACUCAUCAGGAGUCGAAUCCCACUCGGGUGUGUAUACCAUCGACGUCCUGCUGUCGAUGCGGUCUCGAGCGGACGAAACGGUGAAGGAGAAGAUGCGCAGCGCCUGCCCAGAGGUUGUUAUGAACCGACGGAUGAGGAAGAGCUUACAGUUCAUGCAACACGAGCAAGCGAAGGGAGAAUCGCAUGGACACCCCCGGCAGGAGCCUGCUCCGAUCUCGUUGCCCGUCACCCCUACACCAACUUCGACGCCGGCUCGUAAUCUUCCUCGGAGGAAUCGCCCUGCCGGACGGGCUCCUGAGCGUCGAAGACAGGCGCUGCAGUUGAACGACAAUUGGAGGAGCAUGAGGACGACGCCUGUUCAUCCUCUUCCUGUCGUGUAA